AUGUCUACCUGUGCGAUGACUACCUGUGCGAUGACUACCUGUGCGAUGACUACCUGUGCGAUGACUACUGACUACCUGUGCGAUGUCUACCUGUGCGAUGUCUACCUGUGCGAUGUCUACCUGUGCGAUGUCUACCUGUGCGAUGUCUAUCUGUGCGAUGUCUACCUGUGCGAUGACUACCUGUGCGAUGUCUACCUGUGCGAUGUCUACCUGUGCGAUGUCUACCUGUGCGAUGACUAUCUGUGCGAUGUCUACCUGUGCGAUGACUACCUGUGCGAUGUCUACCUUUGCGCUGACUACCUGUGCGCUGACUACCUGUGCGAUGUCUACCUGUGCGCUGACUACCUGUGCGCUGACUACCUGUGCGAUGUCUACCUGUGCGAUGACUACCUGUGCGAUGUCUACCUGUGCGAUGACUACCUGUGCGAUGUCUACCUGUGCGCUGACUACCUGACUAUGCCCGGCCAUUAUCUGCACUGA